AUAUUUUUUUGUGUUCCAAAAAAAUGAAUAAUAUAAGAGCUCCAUUGCUUGAAUUAUUUGUGACUUGAGCGCCAGCAGUGCAAUAUUGAUGUAAUUAUAAAAUGUUUCCAGGAUUACCUUUGCAAACUUUCCAACAGCGAAUUGAACCUAAUAUGGUUUACUGUCUAAAUAAAAAAAUUUAUUCAAUAUGAAGUGUUGGGAGCGCAAGGGCUUCCCAAACUUUUUCCAAAAUCUAAUAUGUGACGAUCGGUGGUGAUUUAAUUAAAAUUAAUAUCGAAACAGUUGAAUGCAUUGUAUAGUGCGCUGGUCGAUUUAUGGGCAGUAAUAGAGCAAAGACAUAAAUUCAUGGAUUUUAAACUUAAAUUUCAAUUAAAUAUCGGCUCCGUCUUCAAAUAUUGAACAAGGUUGUUGAAUUACGAGCUAAUAUGCAAUAUACUAGCUUAAUAGUGACACUGUGAAUUUUUUUCUUAAAUAUCUCGAAGAAGUAAACAAUAUUUAAAACAUAGAUUAAAAGACUUCCUUGUGGUGCCACAUACCGUUCCUGAAGAUUAAACGCAAUUUAUAAUUCAGUUCACUGUAAAAAAAGUUCACUAUGCCCUUCACCAUUGCUUAAAGUGCGGCGGAAUAAAUAUAAUGGCAAAAGUUACUAAAGAAAAGUGAAGACAUUCAUUAAAAUACUUACUGUCAUUAUUUUCAAGUGAAGGCAUAAAUAGCUCAGAGUUACCGUGUAGUGAUACUAUAAAUAUUUAAUGCAGUGCUAAUGAAUUAAAUAUUAUAUAACAACGGCGAGGUCAUCAGGAUGUGUGCGCACGACGCAAUAUUCAACGUGAAGAACUUUAUACGCUGACGAGUCUGUAGCGUGAUCGCUUACAUGGCGGACCACAGCUUCACUACAUACAUCGUCUCCACGAUAGUCCUGCUUCUGCACCUGCCAACAGGCACUCCGGCUAGCUGGUAUCCGGAGCCUCACUUCAUGCGGACGGACGGCAACGUGACGGUGACGGAAGGCGAGCACGCCUUCCUGCCCUGCCGUGUCGCUAACCUCGGCGACAGAUCCGUAACAUGGAUGAGAAAACGUACACUGCACAUCAUAUCAGCGGGUACACUCACUUACUCACCGGACGACAGAUACAGAGUGCUACACCCACCGGGCACCGAUGAGUGGACGCUACACAUCAAGUUCGCGCAGAAGGCGGACGCUGGGUGGUACGAGUGUCAGGUCAACGCUGACCCCAAGAUAACACGACCUGUCAGACUCAUCGUUAUCGAUAAGAACGUCGACGACCCCUUCUAUCUGCAUGAGGUCGACACGCUGCCUGAUAACAGCACGAUAGUGGAGCUGGAGGGACCAGCCCAGCGCUUCAUCCAGCUAGGCAGCGUGUUGGCCGUGACGUGUAUCAUCAAGCACGAGUACCAGAGGGGACCAGCACACGUCACCUGGUACCAUGGCGGCACCAAGCUCGACUAUGACAGCCCCAGAGGUGGCAUCUCUUUACAGACCGAGAAGACCGCCACGCGGACGGUAAGCAAGCUGCUGCUGUCGUCCGUCCAGCCCGGUGACAGCGGCCGCUACUCCUGCCGUCCGCACUCCGGGGGACUGGCCUCUGUCACCGUACACGUGCAGGCUGACCAGCAGCAGGCCGCAGUGCAGCAGAGCAGCUUCAACACGUCUAUCAACAGCAGGAUACACCUACGCUACGUAUUCCUACUCGCUGCUAUCAGCCACAUCAUCCUAUUGCACACCUACUAUAUUUGAGACAUGGUUUUCCAGCAGCUAGAACCACCUCACAAUAUUAUAAUCGUUUCCGGCAUUACUGUUACCUGCUUGAUAUUAAUGAGUUAAUUUCAUAAUUCAAACGAAAAACCAAGUGUCUCGGGGAAAAUCCUGUAGCUAUUGUGUCGGGCGACGGCCGAAAUACCGGCGCUAACUAACUUCAAUUUAGCUCUAACUUUGAAUGGAUUAUUAAACCUAGUUUUUAUUUCGUCGUGAGAUGUGCUACACGGAUAUAAUAUGUGUAAUCCCACAAAGCCUUCCAUCAUUUUCUUCAUUCAUCCGACAGAUUUAUAAUAUUCGUGGUAUAAAUGUUACUGAUUUCAUACAUUUCAAUAUACUUUACUAAAGCGCGAUUGUCAAAAGAUUAAAACUUCGGACAAUGAUGUCUCUCAUAUAGAGCGCUGUUCCUCAUUUAUCCUGACGAACAAAAAAUAUAUUUAUAGUCUUGUAAUCCGUCUGUUCGGAAAUGAAAUAAAUUUAAUAAAACUUAAAGCAGACAAGCUCGCUCGAGACAAGAAAGAAGCUAUUGAAACAUUUGACAAUGCCACAUCCAGGAGCUGUGUGAAAAAACAGACGGCGAUGUUGACUUAAUGCAUUUAUUGCCACAGUCUCCCUUCCCAAGUGUUCGUUAAUUCACAGCCCGGAAUUUUGCUCUGUAUUUUAAACUCUUGUGUCGCUCGAGGAAAUGCGACCGAGAAGUUCGGGAUGGACUUCAGUUUGUCGAGAGCUGAGGAACACAAAGAAAGUUUAGGCACAACUUGAAUCUGUGUUGAACUUGGAAGAACUUUAGCCUCAUGUGAAAACAUUACAAGUAUUUUAUGAGGGUUGGACAAAGAAUUAAACGAGUUGGACUGGCAACUGAAGAUUUAAUUUAUUUUAUUGUCAUCAGAAGAUUUGUUUUUCUACAGCAGGCAUGAAAAUAUAAUUUUUUAUUGCAUGCAUGGAGAUUUUUUUAUU